GCGGCGUCCCUGGGCUCUGCGGCGGGUGGCUCCUCCUCUGUCGAACAACCAGAUCCGCCUGAAGCCCUGGGAUCUGCCAAAACCCGCUCCCGACCACCCCGGGAUCGCCCCGGCGCUCUGGGACGGACAAUGGGCCUCUGGCCUUGCUGAUUGGGGUCGCUGGGCCGGCUUGCGACUCUUCCGCAAGGCCUGCUCCAGGAUGCUCCGGCGGAUAUAUCAGAACACCUCUCCCCCUCGUCGGGCUGCCCUCCCGCACAUUGCAAGCGCUCCCGGAUAGGAUCGCCUCCUGCCCGGCUCUCUCAUCGGCUUGCUCCUCAGAUCCACCGCGACAUGCCCAUCGUCUACAUCACCCGGCGAGAGUCGUUUUCGGCCGCCCACCGGCUGCAUGCGCCGGCUCUAUCCGACGAAGAGAACCAGCGCAUCUUUGGCAAAUGCAAUCACAUCCACGGCCACGGUCACAACUACGACGUUGAGGUCACCGUCAAGGGCAUGGUCGAUCCGCUCACCGGCAUGGUGAUGAACAUCACUGAUCUCAAAAUCGCCAUGAAAGAUGUUCUGAAGGACCUCGAUCACCGUCAUCUGGAUAUGGAUGUCUUGUAUUUCAAGACCCGGCCAAGUACGGCCGAAAACAUUGCCAUAUACAUUUGGGAGAUGCUCGAGCCAAGGAUUCCGGCGCAGGCGCAUCUCCAUGAAGUCCGGGUCGAGGAAACCCGGAACAACACUGCCAUCUAUCGAGGGGAGCACCAGCUAUGAGUGUUUGCCGACGAACUGAACCAUUCACUGCCCAGCACCCCCCCCCCAAGUUCCAAAUCUGACACAGUUGAUGCAGGCCGCAGCCCCCCAUCAGAACACUGCCCUCGCUGAGGGCGACCCUGGGCUCUCUGCAGCAAUAGCGGACCGGAUACACGGAUUCCGUUCGGUGAAAUCAUGGCCGCGGCUGUGCGAUGGUUCCGUGUUGUUGCUGGUGUCGAUCGGCUGGUAUACCGAGAUCCUUGUACCGGCUGUAUUGAUGUGAAAUUGACUGAAGGUGUGUUUGGACACCAACACUGAUGGCGACCCUGCACAGGCUGGCGGAUCGAGUCACUGAAUUGCAGCGCACCGUUUCGGGGAUCGAGGAUCCGGAAGAAAGCCAUGGCCAUGCAAAGGGGUGUAUUCAAACUUCAAUAUAGUCAGUCCAGAAAAGGAACGGAACAGUCCCUGCUUUUCUCUGAGAAGGCCGACUGUGUGAUCCACC